AUGACGUAUCGAAAUCAAAUAGCCAAGAAUGACUCCUACGAACCAGAUCUGCGCAUGGAGGGCACCUACAUCUGCCGCAUGCCGCAGCCUCCGCCACCAGCGAAUCCAUCGGACAACUGGCAUGGCCAUCUGAAGCCGCACGAGCGUUUGUUCUACCAUCAGACGAUGAGCUCGGUGCGCUAUAGCAAGCGAUUCAGGGGCAAUGUGAAUAUACCAAAGGAUUCACUGGAUCUGCAGUUACAGGCACGCUACGAUCAUGGACGGGAAACGUUUCCCGACAAGAUCGAUGUGCUGAUGCAGCGCGACACGUGUCCGGCCAUGAUGAGCUGGUCGGCACCCCACGGACAGCGAGAAGUGGGCGCUGUGAGCAAACUGAAUCUGUUUCGGGUGCUGCGCAAUACGCGUGUGGUGCGCGUUAAAAUGGAGGAUGCACUGGGUCAUCCAUUGAGCAUAGGUGGCAUCAAGGAGAAGAUUCAUCCGUCCAGUGUGAAGCUGAUCUGCAGUGGCGUCCACACGCAGCUGGUCAACAAUGGUUUCUCUCGCCAGACAUCCGAUGGCAACUUCUUCCGCUAUUAGCACAAACAAGAUUCAUAAACCACACCAGACAGUUGAUUUUGUUGUUUUCAAUUGUAACGUAAUUAUUUGGGACAAAUUGCAAAUACAAAUUGACAGAGCGACGAUAUGAAGCUGGUCACGCAGUCGUCGGCGACAGCUUCGCUUUCUUGCUGGACAGCAGUUCAUCCUUUGGCGGAGGCGACGCCUCCUCGUCAGCAGCUGCUGUCGUCUGCUGGGCCGCUUUGUGUCGUUGUUUUUUGUUCUGGUUACGAUAA